ACAAAUUUUUGAAGAAAAAGUCGAGAUCGAGGAGCUGCGAGAGCGCUCGUCUCGAGGGCGAUGUCGCGGCGGCGGGCGUUCCUGGCGAGGUGGAGUUCGUCGGCUUCGGCGGCGGCGGCGGAGCUCUUCGGAGAACCGAGGAUCGCUGUCGUGGCUGGAGAUGGUGAGGAGGAGGAAGGAGAGGAAAGGUGGGCGAGGUUGCUGCCGGAGUUGUUGGGGGAGAUCGUGAAGAGAUUGGAAGCGAGUGAGGAGCGUUGGCCGGCUCGGAGGAGCGUUGUGGCUUUCGGCUGCGUUUGUCGUAGGUGGCGGGAGGUCGUCGCCGGAGUUGUCCGGCCGCCGCUUGAUUCCGGGAUGAUUACUUUUCCGUCUUCUCUCAAGCAGCCGGGUCCGAGAGAUGCACCAAUUCAGUGCUUCAUCAAGAGGAACAAGAAGAACUCGACGUUCUAUCUUUAUCUCAGCUUGACACCAAGACUUCCUUUCUUUGGAUAUUCACAAUCUAUAGAUUUUAUGCUGUUGGGAGCUUUCAUGGACAAAGGGAAGUUCCUCUUAGCAGCUCGAAAGUUUAGGCAUGGUGCACACACAGAAUUUAUCCUGUCUCUUGAUGCUGAUGACCUAACCCAAGGAAGUAAUGCUUAUGUUGGAAAGUUGAGAUCCGACUUCCUAGGCACAAACUUCACAAUUUACGACAGCCGACCACCUUAUGAUGGAGCUAAAGCAUCCAGCCGACGGGCAAGUCGUCGCUUUGCCAGCAAGCAAAUCAGCCCACAGGUUCCAGCUGGGAAUUUUGAGAUCGGGCAGGUGUCUUACAAAUUCAACCUUCUUAAAUCAAGAGGACCAAGAAGGAUGGUGUGCUCAAUCCACUGUCCUCCAGCCCAAGAGGCCACCACAGAGUUGCAGAAACCAAAGGCACAGAAUUAUGUUAUUCUGAAGAACAAGGCUCCCCGGUGGCACGAGCAUUUGCAAUGCUGGUGUUUGAAUUUCCAUGGGCGGGUAACUGUGGCCUCCGUCAAAAACUUUCAACUAGUUGCUACUGCAGAUCCUAGCCAGCCCGGUGGCAUUGGCGAUGAAGAGAUGGUGCUGCUUCAGUUCGGGAAGGUAGGUGAUGACUUGUUCACUAUGGAUUAUCGGCAGCCCCUGUCGGCAUUUCAAGCCUUUGCCAUCUGCCUUACCAGCUUUGGUACCAAGUUUGCUUGUGAAUAAUGUAAACCUGAAUGCUGUUGGUGAACCCUCUCAUAUGCAAAGGUGUGCUGUUCGUCUGGCAUGUCAUUAUUUUCUUUCUUGUUUUUGCUUGUUGUAAUCCUUGUUAAGACUUGUUUCAGCUGAAGGUGGUAUUCUUGCUAAUUCAACUUAGUUCUUAACUUGUGAUUUAUGUUAACAGAUUAUUAAUA